CGCUGAGGGGAGUUGUGUCGUUUGUGGUAAAUGAACGUUUCUGCAAGUCUUCCCGUCGGUCGACAGGAAGCGGAUGUUGGCGGUUGUUUAAUGGUUGCCCACGGCGAUGGAAUGGUUGGUCUCCCUGUGGAUGCUUUGGGGAUGUUUCCUUGUCCGUGGAGCGAUCGAUGCGGUGGUUACAGUGCGAGCUGAUGAAUCUGCGGAACGAAUGAGCGCCUCCAGUCUCUCCGGCAGCGUCGAAAAUUCCACAAAUACAAGAAGACCUCCUGAACCAACCACUCAAGUGGCUCCAAAGGUGGCCCUGCCCCGGUCAAAUACCCUGCCGGAUCUUAACAUAAACGUUCGCACUUUGUGUGUCUGUAACUUACUAGUUGGACAAUGUGAUAUAAAUUGCUGCUGUGAUCCAGACUGUAAAGCAUCAGAUCUAUCUACCUUCUCAACCUGUGAUGUUCAUAUUGUCACAGGUGACUAUGAACUUUGCAAACAAGAUGCAGCAAUGUACUCUACAAAUAAUAGCAAAGUUGUGACCUUGAUCAACCCCAGCAUAUUUUGCAUUGAGACAAACAACUACAAGAAAGGAUCAUCUUUUUUUACCCCAGAAGUGCCAAGUACUAGCAAUUUUGACAGUUUAAUGAAACAGUUUGGUGGUUUUUCCUUCAAUACUGAAGCACCUCCAACUCUAUCACCUACAAGUACAUCUAGUUCAACUUCAAGUGGCUAUCAGUAUGGUAUGCCUAUUAAAAUCAGAAGUGGUUAUCUGAAGCUUCCUGCUCCUCUGGCAACAUCUACAUGCACUGACAAUAACCCUGCAGCUUUUUUGAUAGAUCAAACAACACAUUGCAGUAGAAGGAUACACAAAUCAACAAAUUGCACGAGUCUUCCAGCAUUAAGCAUAAACAACUACCUCAAUUUUAAAAUUCUUCCAAGCCCUAAUGCAGACUUGAAUAGUGGAAUUCCAGUCCUCCUUACUUCUAUAAUUUUGAGAUCUUUAAAUGGAACAUUAAUACGCCUGAAAGACUUUGCUGUUAAUAAUUGGGUACCUAACCAAGAUGUUAGUAUGUGCAGAAAUAUUGUGCUAGAGGUCAAGUAUAUAAUUGUGUAUAACAGUAAAGGGAAGAUUGUAAAUGUGUCUGCUGCUUUUGUUCUUGGAGCCAUCAACAGUAGCAAGGAACCAGUGCAACAACGCUUCCAGAUUAGUUUUAUUCAGGAAAAGACGGUGGGAGUUCCUAUCAGUGGAAACCCAGGCUAUGUUGUUGGACUCCCUCUAGUGGCUGGAUUUGGACCAAAUGCCACUAUUGGUAUAAUUCAAAGCAAAAAUAGAUUUGGGCAGCUGACAGUCAUGAAGAGUUCAACCACACAGGAGUGUCUACAGAUGGUAGGGCUCCGGACACCGGUACUUUUUGGAUACAACUUAAACUCUGGCUGCAUUAUGCGAAUAACCAACAUCACAACAUGCCAUCAGUGGUCACGAAUCAUCAAAAAUGUGUUAAUUGGACAAAACUUUCCUCAAAGUGUAGCAUCGUUUGGAAACACUCCGGUGCAGAAUGUGAAAGACUGGGUGACCAUCAAACAAGCUACUUCAAUAAUUCAGAGAUGUGCUUGUGAGGUUCCUGAAUCUUUACUACUGGAGGUGAAGUGGACAAAAUAUGGUUCCUUAAUAAACCCACAAGCUAAAAUUGUAGAAGUCACACAAACAAUUGGAGAAACAUGCAUUUUGAAAUCUUUGAAAACUGCAACAAAUUUACACAUCUCUACCUCAGUUAAGUUUAUAGAUGUGUCUGCGUCUGCCCAGCCCGGAUACAAAAGCAAACCAGUGCUUGAUAUCAACUUACCUUACGAUUUCUUCUUUCCUUUUGUAUGAAAUACUCAACUGCUUUUGUGGGUCUGGAGUUAUAAUAAACUAUGCUAUGGAAUUGUUUAAAAUAAUAACUGCUGUGUAUAAUAAGUUUAACAUUGUUGUAAAUCAGUACACCUAUGAAUUGUAAUUUCCUCAGCUACUGUUUUAUAGCUAGUCACUUGCUUUUAUUUCAAUUGUGCAUAUGAAUACCAACUUUGGCACACAUUUCCUAAUGAACUACAUUUAUAGUAUAAUUAAAUAUAUAAUUUAGAGGACUGAAAUAGACAUGCAAGGCAAAACAAGCACUGAAGACAAAGAGCUGGAGAUAUUCAAUAGGUUAAGCUGCAUUCUGUGGAGAGAGGAAAAUGACCUAUCAACUUAACAUGCUAGGUCAAUUACCCUACAUCAGAACUGAAGUAAUGAAAAAACAAACCCACUUUAACCCACAGAAGGGAACUGGUGGAGAGAACAUAAGAGAACAAAUCUGAAAACAAAAGAUUGCCAGUAAUAGCUAAGAGAUGAGGCAGUAUCUUUGGAGAGAAGAAAAAACAUUUUUCAGAGAUUUAACAACUGUUAAGUUCUGCCUCUCAAUUCCGGCAUGCUCUUGUCUUUUUUUUUAAAUUCUUUAUCCUCAUUAAUCUAUAAAGUUAAUUGUUCUGAAAGUAUUGUGGCAUCUAGACAACCUAGAUCUUUAAACUAUCACAGACAUUCCCUUAGUUCUUUCUACUUAUGCCCUCUACUGCAGUUUAAAAACACUGGUUUUCUCAUUUUGUUUGGUUCUGAUGAAGGGCCAUAAACCUGCAACAAACUUUUUUCUCUCCCCAGAAUGCCAUCUGACCUGCUGAUCACUUCCAACAUCUGUAGUUUAUACUUAAUUUAAAUACUUAAGACUUUUUUUAAAAAAACUUGGGCUGGUACCAAUAUUAUUCUUUUUUUUAAAAAUAAAAGCUUCCCCUGGAAAGAGAAUUAAGACUUUUUUUUAUAUAGUUCAUACAUGUUAAAACUAUAUACAGGUCCUCCCCGGCUUACAAAUACCCUACUUACGUACAGCCCGUAGCUACAAACAAGUGUUUGGAUUUGCUGGCUGUUGCAGGACUGAGGGCAACCAUCCUUGACACCAGCUGGAAUUUUGCCAUAUUGAACCCAAGAAGAAUACAGUCUCAUUAAUACUUUGAAAUCCAUUUAUGAAUCCUAUCCCUUUCAAAACUGUCAAUAGCAUUUAGAGAGUCAGGCCCUUCAGCCCAUCUAGUCCAUACAAACCUGAUCUUCUACCUAGUGCCAUCAGCCUGGUAUCUGGACCAUAUCCUCUGAUCCCCUCCCAUUCAUGUACCUAUCCAAACUUCUCUUAAAUAUUACAAGUGAACCCACAUCUACUGGCAGCUCACUCCACACUUGCACCACCCUCUGGAGUGAAGAAGUUUCCCCUCAGAUUCCCCUCAUAUAUUUCACCUUUCACCCUAAACCCAUGUCCUCUAGUUCUAGUCUCACCCAACCUCCUUAGGGGAAAAAGCCCACCCUCGUCUGCCGUAAAAUGUUUUAAAAGAAUAUCAUGAGCCUGAGCUCGGCUUUGGCUAAAUUUGUUAAUCAGCUUUAUUAUUAAGAAUGGCAAAACCAGAUUUAAAAGGUUUCUCCAGACCAUCUAUUCCUAUGGGACAACCCACCUCUGCGGGCAUCUUCUGCCAUGUGAGAGUACUGUUUGUGGCUGCAUUUCUGACUUGUGAAGAGUUUGGGUUACAAACUGUUCUCAGGAACAGAACCCUGCUGUAACCUGGGGAGGACCUGUACAGUAUACUCUCAGCCUUCUGGUAUCGGUGGGGAAAUGGGGGGUGAUGGUUGCAUAAGGAUUGCCAAAAAUUACAGUACAUCAUAUACCUGUGUUCUAUGCAUAAACAUUUAAAUAAAUCGCCAAACUACAUGUCAAUUUCUUACCCUUUUACAUAAAUGUUUUACACUGCAAUUCUAUA